AUACAUCUGUCCAUUUUCUAUUUUAUUAUUUAUUUUACAAUUAGUAUAACUACAAAGAAUUCAGAAGAACUUAGGAAUCUUAUGUCUUUAUACACUUUAUUCACCAUCUUCAUUGUCCGUCUGUGUUUAUUCUAAUUAUUCAAUACAAUUGUGAUUCCUUUUUAUUUUUACUCUCACUUACACUUUUAAAUCAUUUGAUAAGGAUUCUGUUUUUUAUUUCCCUCACACUUAUCAUUAAAGGGUUUAAAUUUUAUAGUUCACAACAUCAUUCAUUUUAAUCCAAAAAUCCCAUUUUCACAAUGAUGAAUCUUCACACCCUCUUUCUUUAUUAUAUUUUUGCAUUAUUCUCAAUAGAAUCUGUCUUCGCUAAUCAACAUCUGGAUGUUUCAGCUAAUAACCACCUUAAUCGCCACUCCAUGAUUAGGAAUCACACCCAAUCUACACCACUAUACAGAACAUUCAAUGACGUUUCAAAGAGGAAACACAAUGUUAACUCUAAGGUUAAUUUACACCCAGCUGUAGCAGAUUCUCCAACCGCUGAGAGCCCAAAAGCCGUGGACAAUUUUACAAUAUUCUACCCUCAGGAAUCUAGGAAACAGGAAAACAACGAUGUUGAGGAGCAAAGGAUACCCUUGAUUCUUGGAGGUAUAGGAAAUGGCCUCUAUUCAGAGUCGAAUCCUUCAUUAGAACUCUUUCCAGGUUCCUUAUCUGACCUCGUUGGACAGGCAACUAACUAUAUAUCUGAGGUGUUUUCUGGCAUGAACAAGUCUCUACAUCGUUUUUUCGACCAGGUUGAUGAGAAUCUAAAGAAAAGUAAUGGUUCUCACCUAAUGGAGAUAGGAGAUAUAUUGUUUUAAACUCUUUCAAAUUAAAGAUUUUUUGUCAAUAAUUUUGUAUAAUACU